GCGUGUUUGAGUGCAAAAUCAAGCGCAGGAGAGAAGCAGCAUGUAAAUCACACUACUGAGUGGAUAUAGGGUAUUUACUCUGACAUUAAACAGGCUUGAAAGAUAAAAGUUUCCUCUGUUGGAGCCGUGUGGGUAAUAAGUUAGUUUGAGUUUAAGUGCAGGCCUUUGUUUUGCUUACAUUUGAAUUCGUGCGUCUGUGAGGACCUAAAGUUGCUAACUUGACACGGACUGUUUUUCGCUUUAACAGGCCAAUACUUGCUAAGGUUAAUGCUCUUGUUUUGUUUGCUUUAGAGGUUGGCAGCAUGUUUAGUACUAAAACUUCGGGAGCUGUAUGUUUUAAUGCUUGGAUGUCUUGGACUUUAAUGUUGGUACUGAACAUAUCAACAUAUUUGCUUUUUAACUGGUGUUUGGUUGCUGGAACAUUUGCACAAAUCAAAAUAAUAUCCAUUCAGUAUUUGUUGGUUGCUGAGUGGUUUUCGUUGGUUGUUUUGGUUUAAGAGCAUGAAACCCGGUUACUGGGAGUGGUGCUUAUGAUGGAGAAGUGUUUGUGGUGUACCACAUCCCUCGAGACGGAGGGUGAUGCAGCCAUCGUCAACUUGUUGCAUCGCUACAGCUCCGGGCAGCUGUCUGAGAGAGAGAUGGACGCUCUGAAUGAAGAUCUGAGCUGUUGUCUGGAGUGUGUGGUGGAGUAUCACAGAGCCAGAGACAAGGUCCCUGAACUGCACAAGCGUUUGUGGGAAAUGGAGAAGGCUCGACUCUUACGUGUGUUGGGGUCCAUGUUGGAUCAGGAGCUGGAGGAGGAUGAUCUCUUCAUCAUUGAAGAUGAUUGUGAACAACCAGUGUCAAAAAUCUCACCUACAGAAUUCCAGAACAGUCUGCGCUUCCCGCUGUUUGAAGUUCUGAAAUACCCGUACCUACUCUGCUACCGUGAGCUGGGUGAUAUGGUGGUUAAGGCCUUAUGUACAUUGCAGGAUAUGAAACAGUCUUUGAAUGUGUUUGACAAGUAUCAAGGAACAUAUCUGCUGCUUGUUCAUCCCAAUGAAAAGGUGCGUCGUUGGGCAAUUGAUGCAGCGAAAACCAUGAGGAGUGUGGACAGAGAUGCAUACUAUGACCUUCAAGAAAUCUUCUCUUGCAUGUUUUAUGUCAUCGAGCUGGGAGUUUCUCUGGAUUUUCCAGAUUUGGAUCCAGGGUCUUAUGCAGGGGGCACUGUACCGAGGCUUCCCUCUCACCUCUAUGACUCACACAAUAAGAAGAACUACUGGCUAGGCAUCUGCAUGUUACUAACGCAGCUAAGCGCUGAAGCAAUGGACUCUUUGUUCAUGGGACAGUUCAAUAUUCCACUCUGCAUAAUCAACACAAUGGAAGGGUUGAAAAAGGAGGAUGACCCAGCUUCUGACCCAUUCUGGCCAGCUCUCCACUGUUUUAUGGUAAUUCUGGACCGGCUCGGUUCUAAGAUCUGGGGUCAGAUAGACCCUAACAUGGCUUUCCAGACCGUUACUGGAGCAGCCAGCUAUGUUGCAGAAAUAAGAAACAUUCAACAAAAAACUAUGGGGAGAAUGGUUAAAGUAGAGCCAGAGUAUGAAGACAAUGUGGUGACUUGCAGUCAGAUGGUGUAUGACUGUUAUGCCUUGGAAAAGCCAAGCCAAGCAUCUGGCUCAUCGUCCAGCAGUGGUAUUUGCAACUAUGUGGUCUAUGAGGAUAUGCAGUCCCUGGUCAGUGUGCUUGAUUCUGAGAUGGGCCAGAGUAUGCGUGUAUAUGGCAGCACUUUCCUGUGGUUCAUUCCAUUUGUCCGUUCCAUAAUAGAACUUCCAGAGCUGAACGCCUCCUAUAUUAGUGAGGUCCUUCACUACCUUUGUGAUAAGAUACGGGAUAAUCGACACAUGCUAAUUGGACCGACAAAUGUAUAUGACAAAGUGACAGAGUUUUUCACCCGCAUCCUUAUUCAAAUAAUUGAGUUGCACGUUAGUAAAGGACGUAUGGGAAUACUCUCUCGUUGUGCCCCCAAGUGGGUGGAAGUGAUCGUCAUGUGUACGCUCCUAUCAGAUGAACCAUGGAAUGUUGUACCUCAAGACAGGAUGGGUGGGAUUCACCGAGUCAGUUCAACCUCAAAGUCUCUUGCCGUGGUAGGGCAACUACCUGCAUCUGAAAGUGGCAUUGGUGCUAUAAUUCUAGGCUGCAUGAUGCUGAUUCGACAACUGCUGAAGGAAAAGCUUCGGUCGGGAUCUGACCCAUGCUCUACCCGUUUUCUGAAUUUACUUAACAAGCAGCUGCGUGGAGUUCCAAAUAAACGAUGGAACCUUACAUCAUCUGAAUCUUCCGAGCUUCAACAGUGUUUAAUAAGAGUGGUCCGGUCAAUGCCAGAACGAUCUGCUUCUCCGCCCUCUAUAGUUCCUGUCCCAUCUACACAUUUAGUGUCUCCAAAUGCUGUUAUUUCCAAAAAUUCAGUGCCGACCCUACAUCAGCAACACGUAGACCAGAAGGUAGGUCCAAGCAGAGCAGGAGAUGCAUCUGCUUUUAUCAAAGAGGAGCCACUUGAUGAUUAUGAAAACUGCAUUUCUAAUGAGGAUUACUUGAGUGGUCUUCAAGACAUGAUAAAAGCUAAAAAGGAACCUCCCAACCCAGCACUGAUUUCAGAGAUAAAUCCUUGUGUAGAGUUUGUGCACGUUAAAUUAGACUUGGAAAAACUGCAGGAAAUUAAAACCAGAUUAAAUGAUAACCAGAAUUUGUCUAAGAUUGAAGCAAUUGCCAAAAGAAAGCUUUGUGAACCAGAGGUUAGACAAUGCAGAGUCAACAGUGGCCAGGAAGAGCUAGGGCACUUGUCUGAGAGUUCUUGUCCUGUAAAUUUGCAACCUGUGACCUCCAUUAAGGAGGAAUGUCGAUUUAGAGCUGAGGUGGAUCAUGGUAAUGAUGAUGAUGAUGAUGAACCUCUUGAUAUCACAUGGAAACGAUUGAAAAAAUCCCACAAGCUUGAAUCUAGUGAUUCAGAAGUUUAUGGUAUUGAUGUACAAUCAAAUACCAGAACCACGGGAACCUCAAAGGAAAACUUGGAGUCCAGUACAAUCAUCAUCUCUGAUGAUGAUUAUGACGAAGUUUCUGAAAAUGAUGAAAGGCCAACAAAGGAGAUCCAGGGGUCUCUCGACAAAUUAUGUCCAGUAAAGAAUAGACCUCUAGAAGAUCCAGUCUUGCCUGAGAGUCCAGUGCGAGACUAUGAUGAUCUCAGUGAGUCACAAUUAUUUGAGUUUGAGACCCAGCAAUAUGUGGCAUCCGCCUGGGAUGAUUUGAAUGUUGACGCAACUGUUUUGACGAUGAAGCCCAAAUUAGACCAAACACUCAGGCUGGAGCCUGCUCCUAAUGACUCCUCUCCCUCGUGGAGUACAGAGACCGAACUAAUUCCAGAUGAGGACAUUGAGAGGGCCUGUCGGCAAUCGGAAGAUAAGAUCAGACAACAGCUACAACCACAAGAGCCAGCUGUUUCAUGUGCAUUGUCAUCGUCCAAAGUAGCCAGUACGGCAGAGUACUUGGAUAAAUUCACGAAACCAAAACCUCCACCAGACACAAGCCAAAAAACAAAUCCGUCUGAUAAGAGAGACAUUUUGCAGGCUAAAAAGCCAUUAAUAAUUGAGACCCUUGCUCAAAAAAUCAGGCACAAACCCCGGAAACGCAGCACUUUUUCGCGGUAUGAAGAGGAUCAUUCAGGUUGGACCAAUCCAGCUUCAUCUGGUCUGCCAUCACACUCUCCAUCCUCCAGCUCCAUUUCUUCUCCUUACGUUUCUACCUUAACAUCACGUGACACACCUGCCAUUGUUCCACCAAAGAAGGUUCGUAAAGCUGUUGAGCCAAAAUCAACAGCGGAGCGUUUGGGAUUGAAAAAGAAGGAAAGAAAAGCUUUUGAUCUUUCUCAACGUUCCCUGAAUUGUGUUGCUAAACUUCGGUGCCAUGGCCAGAAAGUGCAAGUGGAGCCACAACAAAAGAAAAGACGAGGGUGUCGCACCACUAAGACCUCUCCGCAGAAACGUAUAGUAAAGGGCAACAAGAAACUUUUGGCAUCUCAAGACAUGCAGUUUUUCAGGCAAAUUCGUGAGAAGCAUCAGAGGCCAGCAACAGUAUCCCCCACAACACUGGCUCCCAAACCAACAAGGAGCACCCAACCUGGUGAAAUGCAUCUGUUAAAUUCAGUUGCAACUGAAGAGGAUUGUGAUUUCUUCCCCUAUCCUCAGCCAGAUCCUGACCAUCAGGAAGACAAUGAAAAGGCUGCAGCCAAAAUUAAAACCAACUACACUGGUGAAACCAAUGAGGCUAGAGGUGAAGGGGUUGGAAAUGGUAGUAUAGAGUCCAAAUGCUUUCAAAACUGUGAGCUUGCUGAUGUCGCUGUCAACACUGAAAGGGGAAAAGUUGCAAAAGAAGAGGUUGAUGAUGAACACAUGCUGCUCACUCAGAUGGAACCUACAGACAUUGAACUGUGCUCUCAAAUGGAACAAUUUGAUGAAGAAAAUGGUGAAGGAUUACUUCUUACCCAGAGAGAUCCUGUUGACAUGGACCUUGAUCCAGUUAGCGAGUCAGAGCAGCCAAUUUUGUUGGCACAUAAACCUCUGCAGACUACUCCCACCCCACUUUCGGAAGCCAUACGUAAUGACGAUCAUUUGUUCUUGAAGCCUGGCAUGUCACCCUUGUCUCAGAAAAAGGCCAAACCUUCCACCACAAAAAUAUACACCCCCAGCUCCCGCAGUGCUUCACUUGUCCUGGAAAUGGAAAAAGAGGCAAAGCCGCCUCCUGCAUCUAAUGUUGCUAAAGCUAAGGGUGCCCGACUGCCUUCAGCAAUGGCACCCCCAAAAACAAUUCCUACUUUGCCUUUUCCACAAUUGCCACAGCCAUUUCCUUCCAAACAAAGUCCCCGGCCUCUGAGCCAUGCCCCUAAAUCAGUAGUUUGUUCUAAAAUGAGCCUUGCCUCUGAACCACCAUCUUACAAAAUAUACCAAAGACCUGAAGCUCCAGUUCACAAACCAGUGCCCACGAUGGAUCAAAGCCAGAAAUUUGACCUUUCAGUCUUGACCCAAGCAAUACUUAAGUGGGAAUAUAGGAUGCUUGCUAACUACAAAACGUUUGGGAGUCCAGAUGACCUGUGUCAACUGCCACUGAAAGAAGUGCCAGAAAAAUUCCAUAGCUACCUGGAGUACUUCAACACCUUGUACCCCCUGCUGCUAAUGAAUGUUUUUGAAGAGAUAGCCAAUGAAUGGCUCAAAGAGGGGAGAGUCAAACUAUAUCUCAAGGUCCAGGGUAUUGAAUACAGCAAUCGCACAGCUAGCGCCAGCUUUAUAGCAGGCCUUACUCCGGAGAGUGAAAUAAAACAACAGUAUCCCAAAGAAGAUGACCUUGUGCUGCUUUGGCUGCCGGAGAACACUGGGGCAUAUGCACACGAUGAACCUGAUUUUCACGAACCACAACCUCAUUUUGGAUACGUAUCCCGGUCCAUUGUUUCCAACAGAGAUCCAGGUACUGCCUCAACCCUAAACCUGACGAUUCAGACUCGUGGUAACGUAUCUUCGGUGAAUUCCCAGCUUGUGCUCUGCGAAGUAAUUGGAUCUUUGAUCAGCACAUUACGGGAGUUCCGUGCACUGUGUUUGCUGCGAAAUGGACCAAUGUUGCGUCCUGUUCUUGCUCCACAUGUGGCAUAUUUCACUGACACUAGGAACAGCCCAUUAAACCUGGAUACACCAGAGUACAAUGAUGACCAGGCCAGGGGAAUAGCCUGUGGUCUUGCCAUGAUAAAGAGACCACAGAAGACACCAAAUUUUCUCGUCAUUCAUGGUCCUCCAGGAACUGGGAAGAGUAAAACCAUUGGAGGCCUGCUGUUUAAACUACUGUCUUCGGGUGGUAAAGCUGUUGCUCCAGUGGGGAACCUUCCCGCCAAGGCUCGGCGAACACGUGUUCUGCUCUGUGCUCCCUCUAAUGCUGCCAUCGACAGUCUGAUGAAGAAAGUCAUUGUGAUCUUUAAAGAUAAAUGCUGUGACCUCAACAAUCCACAAGGUAACUGUGGUGACAUAAACCUGGUAAGGUUAGGAAGUGAAAGAACCAUCUCAAGAUCUCUGAAACCCUUCAGCCUUGACCACCAGACUAAAGCGAGAGCACAGCGAGCCCAGCAGACUGUAGAAGCUGAUGUACAAAGGCAGAAGGAGCAACUGGACCAGAGAAUUGAAAAUCUCUCCCAGCGCUGUGCAAAGACCAAGAAAGAUUCGGCUGAUUUCAAGACAUUUAAGGAGUCCAAGUUGCAGCUUCUAAACGAAAGAGAAAGACUGAGUCGGCAGAUUAAAGAGUGUCGUGGUAAGAGACAUGAAACUCAGGCUCUGGUGCUGCAGAAUGCUCAUGUGAUCUGCUGCACGCUCAGCACCAGCGGAAGUAUCGUUCUCGAAAACGCAUUCCGUCGACUUGGACAUGAACCCUUCAGCUGUGUCAUCAUCGACGAGGCUAGUCAGGCAAAAGAAACGGAGACGCUGAUCCCAAUGUUAUACCGAUGUCCUGCCGUAAUCCUUGUUGGUGAUCCCAAUCAGCUUCCACCAACGGUGGUCUCCCAGAAAGCAAAGGAGUUUGGCUAUGGUCAGUCUCUUAUGGCAAGGUUAUGUAAAAACCUUCAUCCAUCAAUCCCGCAACACUCCCCCAUCCUCUCCCUCAGCGUGCAGUACCGCAUGCACCCUGACAUCUGUGAAUUCCCCUCCAAGUACAUCUACAGCAAUGCGCUUAAGAAUGACCGAUUCGCAAACUUGGACUGCCACCUUCACCAUAUCAAUGUGUCCUCUGUGCGAUACCUGUGCCUUGUCCUACCUGUGAUGGGUGAGACAGCUCAGAAGCGCUGUUCCUUCAGCUGGCCCUUCAAGCCCUACAGAGUGUUCGAUGUGACGGAUGGACAAGAGAAUAAGGAGAGAGAUUCAUUUAUAAACCCCAAAGAGGUGACGCUAGUAAUUCUUCUGUUGAAACUGAUUUGUGAGAAGCAGUCGGUGCGGGUGGGUGUCAUCACACCCUACAAUGCCCAGAAACAACGGAUACUGGAUGACAUCAGGGAGUCGGGCAUAGAAAAAAACAAGCUCCUUCAGGUGGAAGUGGAUACUGUCGAUGGCUUUCAGGGCAGAGAAAUGGACUGCAUCAUUGUGUCUUGUGUGAGAGCGAGCAGUGAAAUGGGUUCCAUCGGGUUUGUUGGAAAUCGGCAGAGGAUGAAUGUGACCAUUACGAGAGCCAAAUUUAGUCUGUUCAUACUGGGACAUCUACGCACACUCAGGGAACAGAGCGACUGGGGAGCGUUGAUCGAGGAUGCCAGGAGGCGUGGAAAUAUAAUCAAGACAGUGGAGAGAGAUUUCCGAAGCGACGCAAGAAAGAUUCUUAAACCAGAUCAAAGUCUCUCUCAUUCGCCUGUUGGCAAACCGAGCACUGUGACAUCGCAUGCACCCAUGGAAACAGUUCCUGCCCCCACGUCACAUAACCGCCACAAUGUUGACUACCAUCUGAGCGGCUCUUCCACCUUGGGCAGUGGUCAAUCAAGACCGCAGAUGCCACGGCUAAUACCUUUGGACUGCCCUAGAGACCCACGAAUGACUGAAAGGCCCACAGACCCCCGCUUUGGUCGCCGCUCUGCAAUCGGAGAACAGAGGCCGGACAGAGAGAGGCGGGGCUUAGUGUCACACCAUCCAACACGCAGACCCACGCUGCAUAAUAGGGACUCUCGUAAUACCGCCCACUCUUCCCGAUACUCUUCAAAACGCCACAGGAGAUAAUUGAAUUAUCCCUGUUUUUAUUUGUCAUUAAAAUGUCACAGAAGUGCAUUAAGAGAGCUUUUCUUCCUCAUGUCCUCUUCAAUAUGUUUUGAAAGCUCUCCAUGUGCAAAGGGUCCGUAUUAAAUCUUUCUCAGGCAAUAGUUUAAUAAUUGGCGACGUGAUCUAGUUUCAUGACAAUGCUUACCUUUUGUGAUCUUGAAAAUGUCUUCCUUAAAUUUGCUGCUAAGAGCAUGAUAUGGUUAUCAAAUUAUCUUCAUGGAGAUACUUUUUGUUUUUCUUUUUUUUUGGGGGGGGGUGGGGGGGGAUUUUGGGCUUCUCUCCAAAGUUAAAAACAUUAAUGCAAUAACUCUAAAUACUAUCAAAGUUGUUCAAAAAGAACUGUCUUUUGGUGUUCAAGUCUCUAAAUUGUCACUUAUUGGAAUGUAACAUUUUACAAGGUUUUUUGCAGGGAAGAACUUGGUGUGUAAAUGCAUUUGUGUGUGAAUGCAGUGGCGUUUGUGUUUUUCACUGGUUGUUUUAGACUGACUUUUUAAUGUACAGGAUGAGGCAAGUUGGCCUUCUGUUAAACAUGGCUUAUUUUUGAUUGAGGUGACUGUUAGAAUCAUAUUUGGAAAGGAUUGAUUUGAUCACUGAGGAAGCAAAAAAUGGAACCAAGAAAAAAAGAUUCCUUUAAAUUUAUUUCAAAUGUAAAAAAUGUCAUGGUGUGUUUUGAUUUGUAAAGUUGUAGCGAGAUGUUUGAAGUUAAAGUAUACUUGUCAGAUGCCUGGAGACUGAAAAUUGACUGUGUUUGAAUAUAUUUGUGACAGUUUUACAAAAGUGUAGAAAGAGGCUUGUUUUGUACUGAUGCACUUUUUGUAUGUGAAAUUAUGCUCCCUCAUAGAGCAGUGCAGAUGUGGGACAUAAAACAAAAAUGUAAUAUAUUUUUUUUUUUUUUUGUGUGCGUGCGUGCUUUGUACAUGCUGGUUUGUUUUGCAGGCAUGCAAAUUCUGUUGCUGACUGAAUUAUGAUUAUAUGUGCCACAGUAAUACCAUGGUAUUCUUUGAAGUAUUUUGGAUUGUGUUAACACCUUGGUGUAUAGCAGUCAUUUAGGAUUUUACCACCUGAUACCAUUACUGUACCAUGCUACUGCCACAGUAUAAAGGUCAUUUUCUUUCUAGCCCA